ACCAGAGGAGGUCAAGAUAAGGAAUCCCAGGAUCUAGGGACAAACACCUGUUUGCCUCAGGAAUAUACUCAAACCGCAGAAUUUCACGUGACUGAUGAAUGUCAUUGCUCCACGUUGAUUGGCCAACCAGUUGUAAAUCCCAAGUACACGGCAAAGUAGAAAUAUAUAGCAGGUCAUGGCGACAAUUUAACCAAGAAAAUUCGUCAUAUCAAAAUAAAGAUUAAUUCAGAUUGAUCAGAUGGCUCCAGCAAAAGAUCAAGUGCAGCGGCACUCCAUAGAUGAUCCAGAAUCCUGCACCCUGUGCAAAGAAAGCAGCAAUGAGCAUGACUCUCCGGACAAUCACCAACCAAGCUCUGCAUUCAAGCAGCUGGGACUUCUCGACAAGCUCCUAGCCCUCUGGAUCUUCCUCGCCAUGGCAAUUGGAAUUUUUCUAGGUAACUUCGUGCCCGAUACCAGGGAGGCAUUGGAACGGGGGAAGUUCGUUGGCGUUUCUAUACCGAUUGCCGUUGGUCUGCUGGUGAUGAUGUAUCCUAUCCUGUGCAAAGUGCGGUACGAGACGCUCCACCGGUCAUUUCGGCAGAAAGCCCUCUGGAUUCAGGUCGGGUUCAGUGUUGUGGUGAAUUGGAUCAUUGCGCCGUUUUUCAUGCUUGCGUUGGCGUGGGCGUUCCUACCAGACGAAAGAGGUCUCAGGGAGGGUUUGAUCUUGGUUGGCAUUGCGCGGUGUAUUGCGAUGGUACUCGUCUGGACAGGACUCGCCGGCGGCGAUAACGAAUACUGCGCCAUCCUCGUUGCCAUCAAUUCGAUCCUGCAGAUGGUCUUAUUUGCCCCCCUUGCAAUAUUUUUCGUGCGCGUCAUCGGCGGCGCAGACAGCGGUUUCAACAUCGACUACUCGCUGGUCGCCAAAAGCGUCGGCGUCUUCCUCGGCAUACCCUUGGGCGCAGCCAUCGUUACUCGCUUCACGCUGAUAUUCCUGGUCAAUAAGGAAUGGUACGAGAAGAAAUUUGUCAAGUGGAUCGGCCCAUUGUCGUUGAUCGGACUCUUGUUCACAAUCAUAGUCCUCUUUGCUUCUCAAGGACGACGAGUGGUGCAUCAGAUCGUGUCGGUCGUACGAGUGGCAGCGCCGCUUGUAGUCUACUUCGCUGUUAUUUUCUUGAUCACUCUGCUGGUGACGCGCCGGUGUGGCUUCGGAUAUCGACUGUCGUGCACGCAGAGUUUCACCGCUGCGAGCAACAACUUUGAACUGGCGAUUGCGGUGGCCAUUGCAACUUUCGGCGUGGAUAGUGAUCAAGCACUAGCUGCGACAGUUGGGCCUCUCGUUGAGGUCCCCGUGCUGCUAGGUUUGGUCUAUGUCGUGAAAUGGGCUGCAAAGCGGAAUAAAUGGGCGGCAUAGAUGAAAAUCACCAAGAUAUAGUAAUAG